UUUUUAUUUCUGAGUGUUGUCCUCAAAACAUUGUUUUGUGCUGUACUUUUAUAGGUAACGUCUGUCUGUUCUUGAUCGUUUAUGGCACUGAUAACAAACUCAGCUGUUCCUUGUCAUGUUUGUAAACAAAGCUUUGCGGCACACAAAAGCAAUUUUGCGAAUUUUGCAUUAGUUACAGAAACCGAAAUUUUAUCAGCAUGAUCCGCUUACCAGUGAUGCGAUAUUUAUCGUUUUUGGUGCGGCAAACUGCUAACAACGGAACCACCGGAAGAAUGUACUGUACAACUGCUAAAUUUUGCUGGAGCUGUUCGAAACCAUUGGUGAAGAAGGAUAAAUUCUUUUGUGGCUCUUGUGGAUCACUGCAGCGAGUUGAAGAAGUGGAUUAUUUCAAAUUGCUAGACGUUUCGAACGAAUUCGAUUUGGAUCCUUUUGCGUUGACUUCCAAUUUCCGACGUCUGCAAAGCAUGCUCCAUCCGGAUAAAUUCAGUCGAAGGUCCAACGAAGAAAAAACCAACUCACUGGAAUGGAGUUCCCUAGUCAACAAGGCAUACAAAACGCUGAAUACGCCACUGCAACGAGGCCGAUAUAUACUUAAACAGAACGGUAUACUAAUUUCCGAGGAAAAUACAUCAGUCGAUCCGGAAUUCCUGAUGGACAUGAUGGACAAGAAUGAGGCCGUUGAAGAAGCUUCGAAUUAUGACGAUUUGGAUGAAAUUGGUCAAACGCUUAAGGCGGAAAUAGAUGAGCUGUACGAGCAGCUAAACAAAAGCUUUUUAGAGAAUAACUUGGAUGAAGCAAAGGAGAAUCUUAUCCGAUUGAAGUAUUUGCUGAAUAUUGAAGCAGUUGUAAAGGAAAAGUUGCUUCAUUAUAAAGUCAAAUAGACCUUUCUGAUUUUAAAUAAUAUUUUAAUUUAAGCGUAUAGAUUCAAAAAUAUAAAACUUGUAAAAACAUGAUUCAAAUGGCUAAACCUGCGACAAAAGCUAGAUAGUAAUAAAUUCUUGUGUCAUAUUUUCAGUAA